AUGGAUCAUCCAAGGUCGGUUGGGGGUGGUGAGGACAAUUUGGGAAUUCCUGAUGAUCUGAGGUGUAAGAGGUCGGACGGGAAGCAGUGGAGAUGCACGGCCAUGUCCAUGCCAGACAAGACGGUAUGUGAAAAGCAUUAUAUCCAGGCCAAGAAGAGGGCGGCAAAUUCAGCCAUGCGGGCGAGCAUGAAGAAGGCCAAGAGGAAACCUUUAGGCGAAAGUGAUAUCUAUCUGGAAAGCAAGAGCGAUGAUAUGGAUGUGCCGCUCAUUUCGCAGUUUGGCGAUUAUUCUGGAUCCACUUUGAAGAAGAAGAAGGCGAAGUUGUCGAAAUCCCAGGCUGAUUAUUCGCCUGAAACCCCGGCUGCAAGGACUUUCUCCGGCCGAAGUUCUCUAAGGUCAACUGAUGACCUCGAUAGAGAUGGGUCUGAAUAUGAGGACAGCAGGAGAUCUCAUAGAACGCCCUCGUCAGCGGCGGAUUCAGACAGAAGCAGAUCUCAGAAGAUGUUAGAGAUUAGUCCUACGACGGAGACUUCUGAUGGAAGCUCAGACUCUUCUGAUGAUAAUAUGGGUCAGCCUUGUCAUCAAUGUCGGGGAAACGUGAAAGAUGGUGUGAUUUGGUGCCUCAAAUGUGAAAGAAGAGGGUAUUGUGAGAACUGCAUCUCGACAUGGUAUUCUGACAUCCCUGUAGACGAAAUCCAGAGGGUUUGCCCUGCAUGCCGUGGUACUUGUAGUUGCAGGGUUUGUAUGCGGGGUGAUAAUCUGAUUAAGGCGAGGAUUCGAGAAAUACCUGCCAAAGACAAGUUGCAGUACCUGUACUCUCUUUUAUCUGCUGUGCUCCCUAUUGUGAAACAAAUCCAUUCUGAGCAGUGCUAUGAGGUGGAGCUGGAGAAGAGGCUCCGAGGAAAUGAUAUAGACCUCGCCAGGACGAAGUUAAAUGCUGAUGAGCAGAUGUGCUGUAAUUUCUGCAGGAUACCCAUCAUUGAUUAUCACCGGCAUUGCACAAAUUGUUCGUAUGAUCUGUGCCUUAAUUGCUGCAAAGAUGUUAGGGAAGCAUCAAAGCCUUCUGCAAAGGAAGAGAUCAAUCAUAUCGCUGUUGGAACUGACGUAAAAAACAAGGGCAUUGCAACCGAGCGCGUGAAGCUAUUAGAUGUUCAGCUGAAUUAUUUUAAAAGUUUUGUUGACUGGAAAGCUUACAGUGAUGGAAGUAUUCUAUGUCCGCCCAAUGCCUAUGGAGGCUGUGGGUCCUCUUUUUUAACUCUUAGGCGUAUCUUCAAGAUGAAUUGGGUUGCUAAACUCGUGAAAAAUGUUGAAGAAAUGGUCAAUGGCUGUAAGGUAGAUAGUUCUGUUUAUCCUGAACAAAGUAGAGGAAGUAUAAAGCUUUUGAAGGCUGCAUUCAGAGAGAAUGAUUGCGACAACUUCCUGUACUGCCCACUCUCAGAAGACCUGAGAAAUGAAGGGAUUAAAAACUUUAGAACACAUUGGAGCAGAGGGAAGCCUGUUAUUGUUAAGGAGGUCUUUGAUGCUUCAGCAAUGACCAUCUGGGAUCCUAUGUUGAUAUGGAGAGGAAUCAAAGAGACAGCAGAUGAGAAAAUGAAAGGUGCGCGCAGAAUCGUGAAGGCUGUUGACUGUAUUGAUUUGACUGAGAUCCACAUUGACCUCGAAGAGUUCAUGAGAGGAUACUUUGAUGGUAGAGUUAAUGAAAAUGGCAGGCCACAAUUGUUAAAGCUAAAAGAUUGGCCUUCACCUAGUGCCUCUGAAGAGUUUUUGUUGUAUCAGAGACCCGACUUCAUCAGUAAAAUUCCCCUGCUCGAGUUCAUCCACUCCAAAUGGGGACUUCUAAAUGUUGCUGCGAAAUUGCCUCAUUAUUCCUUGCAAAAUGAUGUGGGUCCCAAGAUAUUUAUUUCGUAUGGCAGAGAAGAAGAAUUUGAAGAGGGUGAUUCCACGGAUAAUCUUCAUUUAAACGUACGCGACAUGGUGUUCCUUUUGGUACAUACGUGUGAAGUGAAAUCAAAAGUCCCGCCGAAGACAAGAACACAGAUACAAAAUACCCCUGAAAAUCACUUAAUCAGUGGUGGAUUGCCUAACUGGUCACUUGAUGGACUGGAUAGUUCUGAUGCCAAAAUACAUUCAAAAGACUUUGAGAAAAAGGAUGAUCCCCAUAUCGAGGGUAACAGUUUUGUUGAAGUGAAAACUGUAGAUAAUCCCGAAAGUGGAUCUAAUGAGAAAAUAUUAGAAAAUUCUGAAGCAGGAGCUUUUUGGGACGUUUUUCGUCGAGAAGAUAUACCCAAACUAAUGGAUUACAUGAGCAUGCACCGCAAGGAAUUUAGGAUGGCUGAUCAUGUCAUUGAUGAUUGUGUACCUCGGCCUGUAUAUGACGGGGUAGUGUACUUGAAUACGCAUCAUAAAAGAAAAUUAAAAGAGGAAUUUGGGGUGGAGCCUUGGUCAUUUGAACAGCAUAUUGGGGAAGCUGUGUUUGUGCCAGCUGGGUGUCCUUUCCAAGUUAGACAUCUCCAGUCCUCGGUACGUUUGGGGCUUGAUUUUCUCUCUCCCGAAAGUCUCGGUCAAGCUCUGAGGCUAUCACAAGAAAUUCGAGGACUUCCAAAUAACCAUGAGGCCAAGCUUCAAGUGCUGGAGGUCGGAAAAAUCUCGUUAUAUGCGGCAAGCGCAUCGAUUAAAGAAGUUCAAAAGUUGGUUCUUGAUCCCAAGCUCGGGCCGGAGCUCGGAUUUGAGGAUCCUAAUUUAACGUCAUUAGUGGCUCGGAAUCUGGAGAACAUGAUUAAGCACAGACAAAUCACCUGUCCCUAA